AUGUUUGCCAUCUUUGCGGAGGAGCGUGCUGCUCUCACCAUUUGGUUGCGCAAUGCAGGCAAAAGGGCAGCAGCUGCUCUUGAGCAAGCUGUGGCCAUUGCCUCCUUGUCCACCGAAACCAACUUCAACAGCAGUGCUGGACUGAUAGAGAUUCGAUCUGGUGUUUUCAUGCGUGCCUCGGAAGCAGUAUCGGAGGAGAAGCUAAAGCUGAAGCCCGGGCAAAGCGUGGAGGAGUACCUGCAGACCUUGGCCUCCCUCCCGAAGCUUGCUUUCGACACAAACCUCGGCAGCUUUGCAAUGCAGCGAGGGGAGCUGCAGGUCUUGCCAGGCUGGGCAGUGAACUGCGCUGAGCUUCAAGAGCUCUUCCAACUGGACGGGGUCCUUGCCAGCUCGGUGCAUAGGACGGAGCACCGGGAGUGCCUGAAUCUGGCUGGUGAACGUUGCGAUCUCCAUCGCUGGACGUCAGAUCCGAGACCAUGGCCGGUGCCCGUGGCUGCCCGCGGUGCGCGUUGCAGCUGGCUGGAUGACAGCGUCCAGGCUGCAGGAGGCUUUCCCGCAGGUUUGGGGGCAACCCGAUUGCUAGAUGCUACCGAGAGGAUGGCUCACCUGGCCUGUGAGCUGGAAGGCGUCGAGGUCGUGGUGGUCCGGGACCCUCCGACGGUGCAGAUCUUUGAGAGUCUCUCCCAUGCUCGCAUGGUCUACAAGAAGCUGAGAUGGACAAGUGAUGCAUGCUGGUGCUUAUCCAGUUUCUCACUGCAGGAGCCAUGGUGCUCCGAGACAGGUGCUUGGAGUCUUUGCUCCGGACAAGGAGGAGCACCUGGUUCUGCUGUUAAACAGCAGUCAGCCCCUCCCGGCGAAGAGACAGUUGUGAUCGUCCGAGAGAUGAGUCAGGAGAGCCCAGAGCAAGUUGGAGCCAAAGGCGGCCGCGAGGCUUUGCUCCCGUCUGCUUUGCUCAAGGGCCUGUUGCCAGAAGGACUGCUGCGUGCAUUUCGCUUCUGGAGAGGAAGUGAUGGUAUCCUCCGAGCAGAGGAGAUGGAAUCCAUCACAACGCCUGCCGCACAAGAUUCAGGUGGAGAUUGA